AUGUCCGCUGAACUCUGGCGGAUGGGAGGAGAUAGGGUGUUCGAUGACUUUGCUGUGGCAUUGGCGAGGGCCUGUUUCGAAGCCUGGACGAUGUCCACUCGGAAGUGUCGCAGCGACGAGAGGCUGACAGCAGAAGUUGCAGAGCUGCGAUCAGAGCUGGCUGAGUCGCAGCAGCUCCGCGCCUUAAGUCAAGCGCAAGUGAAGCGCCUGGAGCGGCAGCUUGCAACGGAGCAAGAGUGGUGCAUGGAAGCAUCCAGGUUCUGCGCCCGAUCAAGGGACAAUUGCAGCGAGGACUCCACUGGACCGCCAUAUUCGGCCGGCAGCCCGGAGCCGGACCGACGGCAGGAGGAGUGGCGCCAAGCCCUGGACAGGGCCCUUCUCGAGCGAGACCAGGCGAGAUUGGAGCGCGAGGAGCUCCGACUGGAGCUAGUGGCAAUUUUUCGUGUGUGCUCGUGUUGUUGGCAUGCAACUGUCAUUACCGACUCCUUUCAUGAGGUUAAUUUGGACAUGUACACUCCCAGUGCAGCAGAGGAAGACCUACGUGGGCCUGUCGUCUCCAAGCAAGAGUUCUGCACGCUCCUGCAAGUCGACAUGGCUGUUGCCAAUGCCGCAGUCAAGCUCCAGACAACCAGCCCGUUCUUUGCUGCCGCAGCUCAGCUGCAUGUUGUGGAUUUUCUUUCUGCGUGCAAUUUCCUUGAGGAGUUGAAUCCUGGAUUUGUGCAGAACUUGCUUGCCUUCGAGCAGCUGCGGAGUGGGACGUCGCCUCCGGAGCGCUCCGAAGCCGUCCAGCAGCUUACGGCUGCCGUUUCGCAUAGGGGUGCAGUCACUUUGUUGUCAUGUUCGAUGCUCUUAGCUUUGCAGCUGAUGCUUGACAUUCUUGGGCCCAGUGCCUGGAAAGACUGGUACGACAGCGGGGUGAGUGCUCCCGAGACACAUCCGCUGAAAUUGCUGCUGACAGAUCCACAGCUGGCGAAGUAUCUCUGGAGCUGCACAACCUGUGGCGGCCAGAUGUCUGGCACGACUUUGCAGGUCAGGGAUGACAUGGAGCAGCUUCAGGGCAGUGCCUCCCUUGAGGAGUGGACGGGUGCUCUGGCUCUGACCAUGUCAAGAUCCCUGUGUGAGGAUGGGGAGGGAAGGCCCGUUCUUGCCAUAGGCGUCGACCUUCUGCAGGCAGCAGAAGAACCAGUCGUGCGGGUUGAGCCGUACUAUGGUAAGGAAGGUGCUGUAAUGGGCAUGGGUGGUUCUGGGCCUGAGCGAUUUAUGGGCAUCAACAUUGUGGCCAUUGAGGAUAUUGAGGCUGGGAUGGAGCUGACGGCUGCCUACUUGCCUCAACCACACGGUGGCAAGUACCUGGAGCGCUUUGGCUUCGUGCCACAGUGGCUACAGGGGGACUUGGCGGAGUCCGCGGCGCAGCUGUCGUUCGCUCCGGUGGAUGAAGACGAGGAUGACUUUGCCGGGGUGAAGGAGAGCUGCCUGGAGGACCUAGGGUUGUCAACAGCGCCGAUGGAGUUUGUCUUCAGCCUCAACGAGGGAAUUCUGCCACCACGCGAGUCAGAGGACUGGGGCUCAAAAUCCGAAAUAGAGAAGAUGGUUCAAUUGCUUCGUUUUAGCUGCUGUGGCGGUACAGAUUCUUUUCUUAUGGAUGCUGUCUAUGUUAAUCGAUUCUGGAAGAAUUGCAAUUAUCGCAUUUCCCGGAACAACGAGACCGCGGUCUGCCAAACCGCGAUUGCGGAGUGCAAUCGCUGGUUGAACCGGUUCAAACAGGCGGAGGAAGCCGACGAAGCCGACCCCGACCGAGUGCCUGCAAGUAGCCUGGCGAAGGCUGCUGCUGAUCUUCGACGGUCGGAGCGAGAGAUUCUUGUGUCCGUCAAGACGGUCUUCCAGCAGGAGCUGGAUCUUAUUCAGAUUGACGACACGAUUCGCUACUGGGUAGAUCGGGCGAUGGACGAAGCCUUCCCAGACAGAACGGACAGGAGUGUCCAGGGCUACUAG